GUGAGCCAGGAUACAGCCUCCUCCAUAUAUCACAAUAUACAAUUACUGUGUUAGCUGACGUCCUUAUAUCUCUAUAUACAGUUAAUAUAUUAGAUGACGUCAUUAUAUCUCUAUACAGUUAAUGUAUUAUAUGACGUCCUUAUAUCUCUAUGUAGUUAAUUUGUAAAUUAUACAGGUUGAAGACUCAAUUCGGAGAAUGCAAGAUCCAGUUGAUAAAUUGAAGGAACCAGAAGAGUUGAUGGAUAGUCAGUCCCAGGCUCGGAGUGGUCUGUUUCAGAGCCAUGUUAUAUACCAGGUGAUGGGCGUGGGUGCGGUGGGCGUGGGUUCGCUGGUAUCUCUCUUGGCUAUGGGCUACACCUCCCCGGCUCUGCCAUCCAUGAGGAACGACCCACACUUUUCCAUCACCCAUGAGCAGGAGUCGUGGGUGGGAGCGGUGAUGCCUGCAUGUGCAUUCGUGGGCAGUAUUGCUGCUGGUCCACUGGUGGACCGUUUGGGCCGCCGGGCUGUCCUCCUCCACCUCACCUGGCCCUUAGUCUUGUCGUGGGCAAUGAUAGCUUGGGCCGGAGGCGUGGGCUUGGUGCUAGCUGGCCGGAUGUUGAGUGGAGUGUGUGUGGGAGUGCAGACCACAGCCCGGGUGGUCUAUAUGCCAGAGAUCAUUCAGCUGGACCUUCGUGGUCCACUCUCUGUUAUUCCAGCUCUCUCUGCCAACCUAGGUCUGUUGGUGAGCUUCUCUGGUGGUCAGUACCUCUCAUGGAGGGGUCUAGCAUGGUUGGCAGCAGCACUCUGCCUUCCUGUGCUACCUCUCCUCUAUCCUCUACCCGAGACACCCUACUACCUGACACGUACAGGCAAUAGGGAGGCGUCUUUGAGUGCCUUGCGACAGUUGAGACACACAGCACAGCUGGCUGUGAAGGAGCAGGAGGAGAUCAGUAAGAAAUGCAUUGCUAGUGAGAAAAGUUCUCAUGUAAGUAUGUGGGAGAUAAUUCAGUCGCCCAACUUAUGGCCCCUCAGUGUUGCAGCUGCACUCAUGUUGGCUCAACAAACCACGGGUUACACUGCAGUUGUCGCCUUUGCUUCCAGUAUCCUAGACAGUGAGCAAAGUGGUAGGGACAGCAGCUCCUCGUCAAUGUUGCUAGGCAUUGUCAAUUUCCUGUGUACUUUCCUGAGCCUUUACUAUAUGUCUAAAUGUAGAAGGCGCUAUCUUCUUCUCGUGUCAGCGGCUAUCAUAGUGUGCUCUCUCCUCACGCUGUCGCUGUUUUUCUGGGCUCAGAGCACAGGAGGUUACAUUUCUGCAAUAGCCAAAAACAUGAGCUUCGUGCCUGUUAUAGCUCUCCUGGCUUACAUAGUCGGAUCUUCACUAGGUUGGAGGAUUAUACCCUGGGUAUUCGUAGUUGAAGGGAUGCCCAGCCGAGUGCGGGGCAAGGCUUCAGCUGUGGUGGUAGCCAUCAACUGGGCAUCUGCUUUCCUUAUUACCAAGACAUUCUCCUGGAGUAUAUCUUCCCUGGGUGCCCACAACACCUUCCUGGGGUACGCUGUCAUGACGGGCAUCAGUACCAUUCUUAUCCACCACUCCAUGCCCGAGACUCUCCAUCAGUCGGCUGCCCAGAUGGACCAACUUUAUCAAGAGGCUGCAAAGAGUAAACAACAAUAACCUUUCACAACAUUAUAUAUAUGUUGAUAUAAUUAUCUUUUAGAUAAAUGUUAAAAUUGGUAUAUUUUCAGUCUAUGCGUACUUCUUUCAGUAUUUUGUUAAAUGAAUAUUGAAGAUAAUAUUUUAUCAGAUGAA